GAAGCGAAGGUUAGCAAAGAAAAAUUCGUGAAAUAGGUUGCAGUAUAUGGAGUUUUAGAAGAAGAGCUCAAAAUCCCAUGACAAUGGAAGCCUACGCAUCAAGAAAUCCUGACAAAAUUCAUGCUGAUGUUCUCGUUAAAGCUAGAGAAGCUUGCUAUAAAGCCCGUGAUGCUUUUUACGCGUGUUUAGAGAAGGAAUCAGGAAAGAAACCAACAGAAAUUGGGUCAGUGGGACUUCUUUAUCCAAUGGAGUGUAAAAAUUCAAGAGCUAAAUACGAAAAGGGUUGUCGUGCUUCUUGGGUGAAGCAUUUUGAUCGGUUGUACGCCAGAGACAAGAGGGUGCAGAGGUUAUUGGAUGAUAAAGAUUCAAGGAGAGGUCCAUUGUCUCUUCCACAGCCUUACACAUUCAAGCAUACCUCCAGUUAAAAUCUUUUUGAAGGUUUUCUUUUUGUCUUUGUGGUGGGUUGUGUUUGAGGUGGUCUUAUCUGUUUUAGGUUGUUGAUGAAUUCUGAAAUUGUAUAGUGAUAAUAUUUUUUUUCACUUUGAAAUUUAGCUUCUUGACUAUGUGACAGUGACUGUUUAAGUGUUUAGAGUUUGAUAUACAAUGGAGAAUAGACACUAAAUUUCUGA